GUGAAAUGUAAAAACCAUCUCUUCAUUUCCAGGAGAUUGAUAUACGUAUACAGAUAAUCUGCGGUAGAUGUAGUGAUUUUUGCUGCGCGGAGACGGAAGGCGUUUCUUUUUUUGGCACAUUGUGGAGAGUGGAUGCGCCUGGACACGGGUGUCUGUAGUCAGACAGUGAGUGAGAAAGAGUCGUAGAAAUGCCGUAAAUCAAUUGGAUCAGUGUCUUUUUUUUGGGUGAAACUUUUUUUCAACACACUUGGAUUCAUUUGUCUGUUCAUACUUUACACGCUGUGGAUUUGUUGUGAGGCGAGCUCGUCUCCUCUCCUGACUGCUCGGUGACAGCAGAGGUACAGGAGAAAAAAAACCCGAACCCUGUUACACCGCCUGACUCUGUAUGACACAAUUUCAACUCAUCUAACUUUGGAUUAAUUGGCAACCAUGGCAUCACACGGAGACACUGCAGGGGGAGGAACCAAUGAAGAGUUCAACGACAUCAUCCGAUGGAGAUCUGAUGAGCACGAUGCAGUCCAGAAGAAAACCUUUACCAAAUGGAUAAAUGCACAGUUCUCCAAGACAGGGAAGACGCCUAUCAAAGACAUGUUCUCUGACCUGAAGGACGGGAAGAAGCUGCUGGAACUGCUGGAGGGUCUCACUGGCACAGUCCUGACCAAAGAGCGAGGCUCGACCAGAGUGCAUUCUCUCAACAAUGUCAACAAAGUACUUCAAGUCCUGCAUCAGAAUAAUGUUGAUCUGGUAAACAUUGGAGGGACAGAUAUUGUGGAUGGGAAUCACAAGCUGACCUUGGGCCUCAUUUGGAGUAUCAUCCUCCACUGGCAGGUAAAAGACAUCAUGAAGGACAUCAUGUCCAACCUGCAGCAGACCAACAGUGAGAAGAUCUUGCUGAGUUGGGUCCGCCAGUGCACUCGCUCAUACCCCGAGGUCAACGUGUUGAACUUCACCACCAGCUGGGCGGAUGGCCUGGCUCUCAACGGCAUCCUUCACCACUUCAGGCCGAACGCGAUCAACUGGGAUGAGGUUGUCAGACUGAGCCCUGUGGAAAGAUUGGACCAUGCCUUCACUGUAGCCAAAGACCAGCUGGCCAUCGAGAGGCUACUGGAUCCUGAAGACGUGGCGGUGCAGCUACCAGAUAAGAAAUCUAUCAUCAUGUACGUGACAUCGCUGUUUGCGGUGCUGCCCAAAGAUGUGAGCAUGGAGGCUAUCAGAGAAGUGGAGACCCUGCCACGCAGAUUCAAAACAGAGCCCGAGGGCUCAGGUCCAGGCCUCAGCGCUCAGAGUGUGCAGAUGGAGGAAGCAGGCAGCAGCCCGCGUCCUGAGACCCCCAGCACCCUGACGGAGAUGGAGGGAGAGAUGGAAGUCAGCCUGUUGGAGGUGGACCUGGACAGCUACCAGACCACACUGGAGGAAGUUCUCACUUGGCUGCUGUCGGCUGAGGAUGCCCUGCAUAUUCAGGACGAGGUGUCCGACGAUGUGGAAGAAGUGAAAGAGCAGUUUCACACACAUGAGUCCUUUAUGAUGGAGCUGACAGCCCAUCAGAGCAGCGUGGGGAAUGUGCUGCAAGCCGGAAACCAGCUGAUCGCCCAGGGAAGCCUGACAGAGGAGGAAGAGGAUGAAAUUCGGGAACAGAUGACCCUCCUCAACUCCCGCUGGGAGAGCCUUCGGGUGGCCAGCAUGGACCGCCAGGCCAGACUCCACGAAGUCCUGAUGGAUCUUCAGCAGCAGCAGUUGCAGCAGCUUUCCGAUUGGCUGACACAGACUGAAGAGCGAAUCAGAAAGAUAGAGACCGAACCGGCAGCUGCGGACCUGGAGCUCUACAAAGAACAGAUAGAGCAGCACAAAGAGCUCCAGAAUGACCUGGAGGCAGAGCAGGUGAAGGUCAACUCUCUGACGCACAUGGUGGUUGUGGUGGAUGAGAACAGCAGUGAGAGUGCCACUGCUGCCCUGGAGGAGCAACUACAAUCGCUGGGCGAGCGCUGGGCAGCCGUGUGUCGGUGGACAGAGGAGAGGUGGCACAAGCUGCAGGAAGUUUUUUUGGUCUGGCAACAGCUUCAGUCAGACCAGAGUUUGUUUAGAGCGUGGUUGGCAGAAAAAGAGGAGGCUCUGAGUGAAGUACAGACCAGCAACUUUAAGGACCCGAGUGAAAUGAAUACUAAUGUGCGCCUCUUAGCAAAUUUAAAGGAAGACAUGGAAAAUAAGAGGAGAACUCUGGACCAGCUGUCUGAUGCAGGACAGGAUGUGAUGUCGUUACUGCGGAGCCCCGAGGCCGGAGCCAAGAUAGAGGCAGACACGGAAGAUCUGGCACAUCGAUGGGACAACCUGGUUCAGAAGCUGGAGGACUGUUCCUUCCAGGUAAUGGAGGCUGUGGCAGAUUCCGGGAUGAAUCAGGUGGAAGAAGAAGUUGUCGUGGAUUCAGUUGCUGUAAUGGCGGCUGCUUCGAUCGCUGACCAGGAGUUGGCCCCACCUGCUCCCCCAAAGAAGCGACUGGUGGAGACGGACGCAGAAGUUAAACGAAUGUUUGAAAAUAAGCUCUCUGACCUCCUGCGCUGGAUUAAAACAUGGAAGACGUCCACUCAGACAUUGGCCUCCACACACCCAGAGAUGACAUCUGAUAAACCAGACCUUCAGGAGAAAUUAAAGGGCUUAGAGUUGGACAUCACAGCAAAAGAAGCCACAGUCAGUCAAGUAAUUCAAGAGGGACGAGACUUGUUGGACCAGUUGGAGAGAGAGGGCAUGUGUGUGGACUCGGUGAGGGCAGACAUGGGCCAGAUCCAAACUGAGUGGGAUGUUUGUGCAAGGGAGCUGGUGGCAGCCCGCGAGCGAGUUGACACUCAGACCCGAGUCAGAGCAGUGUCCACGGAGCUCACAGACCUGGACCUGGUCUUAGAGGAGCAGGACCGGUGGCUGGACUCGGGCCCGGCUGUGGAGAAGUGCGACGAAGCCGAGCUGAGAAAGCAGAGUGGAGAAUGUCGGUCGCGACUCGUCCAGGUCACUGCACUAAGUCCAAGAGUGGAGCAGCUUUCUGCAGAGGCAGCGUUGCUGGGGGCCGUUCCCUCUUUGAAAGACAACAUGGUGGUGGUGUCUGCACAUUAUGCCUCCACGCUGCAGCAGCUGCAGAGCAAAGAACAAGAAGUCAACAAAGCUCUGGCUGCAGCUGAGGCCAAACAGGUGGCACCAUGUCCAGUGGAGGGACUAGAGGCGAGGCUGGUCACUCUGAGAGAAGGAAUUAUCGACAUGCCGACCACUGAGAGGGCGGUGGAGCGGGCACAGGGCCUGUGUAUAGAAAUUGAGCAAACACAGCAGGCCUCCGACCCCGCAGAGCUGCAGAGAUGGAGUCAGCUUUCCUCCAAGGCCCGCGACGAGCUGGGGACACUGCAGUGCAUCCUGGGUAGCAUGAAGGACAAUCAGGUGUGUGUGGGGCAAGUUGAACGCUGGUUAGAUGCGGUUCAGGAGCUGUUGUCGAAUGAUGCCACAGGGUUGGGUGACAAAGAAGGACUAAAUGAAGAGCUGAACCAAUGCAAGGAGUACGUGAGUGAGAUGGAGUCAGUGGAAGGGUCAUUGAAGCAGAUGGGAGAGAAUGUGAGUGCCGUACAAGCAACAACAGUCCCAGGACUGGCCAAGUGGGGACAGGAGAAGUUGGACGAGUUCCGGGACAGGUGGGACACACUCAGCAAACAGCUGCUGAGUCAUCAGGAACGUGUGUCAGAGAAUCAGGAGAAGCAGGUGAAUCUCAGGAAGGACUUGGCAGAGAUGCAGGAGUGGAUGACCCAAGUAGAUGAGGAGUUUCUCAUGAGGGACUUUGAGUAUAAGGGUCCUGAAGAGCUGGAGGCGUCACUGGAGGAGAUGAAGAGGGCUAAAGAGGAUGUGCUACAGAAAGAGGUGAAAGUAAAGAUCCUGAGAGACAGCAUCAACAAUUUGGUGUCCAGAACAUCACCCCCUGGUGGUGGCAGUGCACUGACCUCAGAGCUAGACGGGGUACUCGCCAACUACAGCAAGCUUUGUGACCGCUUCAAGAGCAAGUGUCACACUUUAGAGGAGGUCUGGUCCUGUUGGAUGGAGCUGCUCCAGUACCUGGACAUGGAGCAGACAUGGCUCAACACUUUGGAGGAGAAAGCUCAAGCUACGGACAACCUGCCUGAGAGCACUGAGGCCGUCAGUGAAGCUCUGGAGUCUCUGGAGACCGUGCUUCGCCACCCAAGCGACAACCGCACACAAAUCAGGGAGCUGGGUCAGACACUGAUCGAUGGGGGAAUAUUGGACGAUCUCAUUAGUGAAAAAUUAGAGUCCUUCAAUUCCCGUUAUGAGCAGCUCAACAACCAGGCGGUGAACCGGCAGAUCAGCCUCGAGCAGCAGCAGCAGACACUGAAGGAGAAUGAUCAGGCUCUCCAGUCACUACAAGAGUCUCUGAGCCAGCUGGACCACACACUCACCUCCUACCUCACUGAUCGCAUCGACGCCUUCCAGCUUCCACAAGAGGCACAGAGCAUCGGGGCAGAGAUCGCGGCCCACGAGGUAACGGUGGAGGAGAUGAGAAGGAGAAAUGUGGCCAACUUACCUCCUCCCACCACUGAUGGCAAGGCUGCUCGAGGUGGGACCAUGCUGGAUCAGCUUCAGAGGAAGCUGAGAGAGAUCUCCACAAAGUACCAGCUUUUCCAGAAGCCUGCUAACUUUGAACAACGUAUGUUGGACUGUAAGAGGGUUCUGGAGGGUGCUAAGGCCGAGCUGCACAUCCUGGACGUGAAGAGUCUGGACCCGGAGAAAAUCCAGUCCCACCUCAGUGGGUGUAUGAAAUUAUACAAAUUGCUGAGUGAAGUGAAGCUAGAAGUGGAGACGGUGAUAAAAACAGGUCGCCAGAUUGUGCAGAAACAGCAGACUGAGAAUCCCAAGGCCAUGGACGAACAGCUUACUGCUCUCAAACUGCUCUACAAUGACCUGGGGGCUCAGGUGACGGAGGGAAAGCAGGACCUGGAAAAGGCUCUGUCUCUCUCUCAGAAGUUCCUGAAGGACAGCGCUGCGCUACAGGAGUGGCUCACCACAAACGAGGCUCAGCUCCAGCAGAAGAACAACUGUGGAGACAUGCCAGCUGACAUUGACGCUGAGAUCGCAUGGGCUAAUGGCCUGCUGAAGGAAUCGGAGCGUCGUAAGGCAGAGCUGUCAGGCCUGAUGGAGGCCAGUGCUGGGCUAGAGACUCUGGUCGAGGGCAGCGAGGCGCAGCUGGAGGACAAGCUCUUUGUUCUCAACGAAUCCUGGGGCCGUGUCCGCACCUGGACUGAGGAUUGGCUCAGCGCUGUGCUGAGUCACCAGAGUGAGGUGGAAAUCUUUGAUGAGAACGUGGCGCACAUCAGCACCUGGCUUUAUCAGACCCAGAUUCACCUGGACGAGGCUGAGCGGCUCGCCCUGACAGAGAGGGAAAAAGUGGUUCAGAGCAUGCUGGAGGAGCUGGAGGACAUCAGUCUGCGUGUGGACAAUGUGAGGGACCAGGCCAUUAUCCUGAUGACCAGCAGGGGGCCCGCCUGCCGAGACGUAGUGGAGCCCAAACUGGCGGAGCUGAACUGCAACUUCGACAAAGUUUCCCAGCACAUCAAAACGGCCAAGAUGAUGACCAGCCUGGAGUCAGACGGUGCAGAGAUGAACCAGCCUGCACGUCAGCAGGUCAUCCACGGCCUCGAUAUCAGAGUGGAGUGUCAGAGUCAGGCUCCAUCUGCCGCUGCUGUGGUCUCCAGUGAGAUUAAAGACCUUAAGGCUGAACUCCAGGAUACACUUAGAUCUCUGCAGCAGCAGCAACACGAGCCAGUAAACAUCCUGGAUGAUGACAAGAUGGAUGAGGAGAAAGCCGGUGUAGAAGAGCUGCUCAGAAAAGGCGAAGAGUUGCUGCACCAAACUUCCGACGAGGGCCAGAGGGAGGAGCUGAGACUUCUGCUGCUGCAUCUGCAGAGCCAGUAUUCUGCUCACAGAGAGCUGAGGGUUCUGCGAGUCAGGCAGGUGCAAGUCUCUUCAGAGUUGUCGCCCCCUCGCACCUUGACAGAGGAGACGAGAGAGCCUUCAGUCGAGGAAAUGUCUGCAGUGGAGCGCAGCAGUGUCGCUUCAGUGAGUCCCUCCGACUACCUGUUGGACAUCAACAAGUUGCUCCUCGCUAUGGCCGACAACGAGCUGCUUCUGAACUCCUCUGAGCUCAGCGGGGGGCUGUAUGAGGACUUCUCCAGCCAGGAGGACACACUGAAGAAUAUCAAAGUGAAUCUGGAGCAUCUGAGUGACCGGGUCACGGGGAUCCAUGAGCGUCAGCCUGAUGCCAUUCGUGAUGCUUCGCCCUCUGAAGUGACUCAGAUCGCCGACUCCCUCACGCAGCUCAACGCUGGGUGGGACCGCCUCAACCGCAUGUACAACCACCGCAAAGGGACUUUUGACCGUGCCAUCGAGGAGUGGGGACAGUUCCACUGUGACAUGAACGACCUGAAUCAGCGGCUGACCGAGACCGAGACACUGCUGUCCGAGAGUGUCGGUCCUGAUGGACAGCUGGACAUGGAGUUGGCACGGCAACACCAGCAGGAGCUGGAAGAAGGCCUUGUCAGUCACCAACCUGUCCUGGCCGUACUUACCCGCAAUGGGGAGCAGAUAAUUGGGCAGCUGUCAUCUCUUGAUGGACCGCUGCUUGAAGAGAAGCUUGACAACAUUGGUCAGCGUUGGAGAGCUGUCAACCGCCAGGUCUUGGACAGACAGCGCUGGCUCACUGGUGAGGACCCGGCCUUUGCAGACCUGGUGAGGAGACGCACAGAGUUGGCUGUGUGGCUGGAGCAGGCGGAAAGCGCUGUCAUCUCCCUCCCUGUCACAGCAACUGACAAAAACCUCAAGGAGCUCAAGGCUCUUGCUGAGGAGAUGGAUGCACAGAAUGAACGCCUCGGUUGGCUGAACAAGCACGCGCCUCAGAUCCUGUCCAGUCCCAGCGUGAGUCCUCAGAGCCGAGACCAGAAUGUUGGCAAACUGAGAGCCAUCAACAUGAGCUGGAGCAAAGUGACUCAUGAUUUGUUGGACAAGGUGGGGGAAGUGGAGGCCAACCUGAAAAAUCAUGCACACUUCCAAGACAGAAUGGACAGACUCACUGACUGGGUCGUUAUCACGCAUCAGACGAUCAUAACCAGAGGCUUAAAUCCGGGGCAAGCACAGUCUCUGGAGGUCUCCAUGAAGGACAGGAAGAAGGACCUGGAGGAACUGCUGGCUCAUUCUAUUGAGCUACAGAGAAGGCAGCAACUGUUGCCCCAGGAGAAGAUGAAGGUAGAGCAGCUGGCGGCUGAUUGGAAAGCCUUGGACGGUCAACUGAGGGAAUCACUUCAGCCACCCGUCUCUCCGUGGACACAGCGCGAACACGUCGUCCAACACCAGCAACUCGUGUCUACAGUCCCCUCAGCUGUGCAGAUGGCCAGCCUGGUUAGCGAGGACCCACAUCACCAGACGCCGCACACGCUUGACACGGUGGCACCCACUGACCUCAACGAGACGGCCACCGAGCUGGCAGACUGGCUUCUCCUCAUCACGCAGAUGCUCAAGUCUAAUAUCGUCACUGUGGGCGACACGGAGGAGAUCAGGACCACUAUGGGACGUCUUCAGGUGACGAAGAGUGACCUGGAGCAGCGUCACCCACAGCUGGAGGACAUUUUCACUCUGGCACAGAACAUCAAAAACAAGACCUCUAACCUUGAUGUUCGCACGUCCAUAACUGAAAAACUGGAGAAGGUGCGGAGCCAAUGGGACAACACUCAGCACGGUGUCGAGGCACGGCUCCAGCAGCUGGGCAACAUGACUGUCCACAGCAACCAGUGGGAGGAGCAGAGGAAGGAGGUGAAGGCUCUUAUUGGACACAAUGAAGGACGCUUCCACAACCUUCUCCAGCAGUCCAGAGACCCUCUGACUAAACAGCUUGCUGACAACAAGGCGUUCCUUCAAGACCUGGGCCGGAGCCAAGGCAGCGUUGCAGCCUUCAAUGAGCUGUCCAAUCAUCUGCUGCGGGAAUACUCCACUGAUGACACCCGGAGAAUCAAGGAGGUCACAGAUAAACACAACGCUGCCUGGAACGGCAUCAACAACAGGGCGGGCGACCGUUACGCUCAGCUGGACAGUGAACUGAAGGGUCUGCAGAUGUCUCUCAGGGAGCUGGAGUCCUUCCUCAAAUGGCUCCAGGAGGCAGAGACCACGGUCAACGUUCUGGCCGACGCCUCCCAGAGGGAAGACCUGUCGCAGGACUCCGCCCAUGGGAAGGACCUGAAGCGGCAGCUGGAGGACAUUCAGGCCGAGAUCGAUGCGCACAACGACAUCUACAAAAAUGUGGACGGGAACAAGUCGAAGAUGGUCAAGGCUCUGGGCAGCUCAGAGGAAGCUGUGUUUCUCCAACAGAGACUGGACGACAUGAACCAACGCUGGAGCGACCUGAAGGCCAAGUCCGCCAACAUUCGGGCCCACUUGGAGGCGAGUGCGGAGCGUUGGUCUCGUUUGCUGGGCCUCCUGGAGGAGCUGUGGAGGUGGAUCUGCAUGAAGGAUGAAGACCUGGCUAAGCAGAUGCCCAUCGGAGGAGACGUACCCACCUUGCUGCAACAGCAGAACCACUGCACGACACUGCGUUCAGAGCUGGGGGAACGCGAGCACUUGGUGAUGAGCACAUUGGACCAGGCCAGGAUGUUUCUCGCCGACCAGCCAAUUGAAGGUCCGGGAGAGCCUCGCAAGAACCUGCAGCCAAAGACUGACCUCUCGCCUGAGGAAAAGGCACGGGUUUUGGCCCGGGCUAUCCGCAAACAGACAGGUGAGGUGAGGGAGCGGUGGGACCGUCUGAAAGGACAUGUGGGGGGCUGGCACACUCAGGUGGAGUGCGCCCUGGAGCGACUCCAGGAGCUGCAGAGCUCCAUGGACCAGCUAGACCUGCGGCUGACUCAGGCAGAGGAGGCCAAAGUCACCUGGCAGCCGGUGGGGGAUCUGCUGAUCGACUCUCUGCAGGACCACAUCGAUAAGACCAUGGCCUUCAGAGAGGAGGUCGCCCCACUGCGUCACGAUGUGAAACUCGUCAAUGAGCUUUCUGCAGAGCUCACACCACUGGACAUCCAGCUGUCGUCCACCGCCUCCAGACAACUGGACCAGCUCAAUAUGAGAUGGAAACUACUACAGGUGGCGGUUGAGGACAGACUGAAGCUACUUCAGGAAGCCCACAGAGACUUUGGCCCGUCCUCCCAGCAUUUCCUCUCUACUUCUGUACAGCUUCCCUGGCAACGAGCAGUUUCUCAGAAUAAGGUUCCAUAUUACAUCAAUCAUCAGACACAGACGACAUGCUGGGACCAUCCAAAGAUGACGGAGCUUUACCAAUCACUGGGCGACUUGAACAAUGUGAGAUUCUCGGCAUACAGGACAGCCAUGAAGAUACGCCGACUACAGAAAGCACUGUGUUUGGACUUGUUGGACCUCAACGUGGCACAGAACACCUUUGAGCAGCACAAACUCACCAACAACAACCAGCUGCUGUCUGUUCCCGACGUCAUCAACUGCCUGACGUCCAUCUACGAUGGCCUGGAGCAGGAGCACAAGGACCUGGUCAAUGUUCCGCUUUGUGUUGACAUGUGUCUCAACUGGCUGCUGAAUGUUUAUGACACUGGCCGCAGUGGAAGGAUCCGCGUCCUGUCCAUGAGGAUCGGGUUGCUUUCUCUCUCUAAGGGACACCUGGAGGAGAAAUACAAAUACCUCUUCAGCCAGGUUGCGUCAGCAGGUGACACGUGUGACCAAAGACAGCUUGGACUUCUGCUCCACGAGGCCAUCCAGAUCCCGAAGCAGCUCGGGGAGGUGGCCGCCUUCGGAGGCUCCAACAUCGAACCCAGCGUCCGCAGCUGCUUCCAGCACGUGACCAAUAAGGUGGAGCUGGAGCCCAGGCAGUUUGUCGACUGGAUGCACCUGGAGCCUCAGUCCAUGGUUUGGCUUCCUGUGCUGCACAGAGUUGCUGCUGCAGAGACGGCAAAACAUCAGGCAAAGUGUAACAUCUGCAAAGAGUGUCCUAUUGUUGGCUUUAGGUAUCGUAGUCUGAAGCAUUUCAACUACGACAUUUGUCAGAGCUGCUUCUUUUCUGGGCGCACCGCCAAAGGCCACAAGCUCAACUACCCAAUGGUGGAGUACUGCACACCGACGACAUCAGGGGAAGACAUGCGUGAUUUCACCAAAGUGCUGAAGAAUAAAUUCCGGUCUAAGAAGUACUUUGCCAAACAUCCUCGCCUUGGUUACCUGCCAGUGCAGACGGUUUUAGAAGGCGACAACAUGGAAACUCCUGUCACCCUCAUCAGCAUGUGCCCGGAGCAGUACGAGCUGUCCCAGUCACCUCAGUUCUCUCAUGAUGACACCCAUUCCAGGAUAGAGCAGUAUGCCAGCAGGUUGGCUCAGAUGGAGCGUUCCAACGGUUCUCUGCCCACAGACAGCAGCUCAGCCACAGGAAGCAUGGAUGACGAGCACACUCUGAUCCUGCAAUACUGUCAGACGCUGGGAGGGGAGAGCUCCCCCUGCAGUCAGCCCCAGAGUCCUGCCCAGAUCCUGCAGGCUGUGGAGAGGGAGGAGCAGGGUGAGCUGGAACGGAUCAUUGCACGUCUGGAGGAGGAGCAGAGGACCCUACAGAAAGAGUACGAGCAGCUGAAGGAACAGCACGGUCAGCGCGGGGCCCCUGCCGGAAGCUGCUGGGAGUCGGAGGGGCCCUCCACUCAUCCCGACGAGGCCGAACUUCUCGCCGAGGCCAAGCUACUGCGACAACACAAGGGCCGCCUGGAGUCUCGGAUGCACAUCCUGGAGGAACACAACAAACAGCUGGAGUCUCAGCUCCACCGCCUCCGACAGCUACUGCACCAGCCGGAGGUGGACUCAAGGGUAAAUGGAGUGUCGUCACCUGCGGUACAAGACCGAGGGCCAGUCACAGACAACUCAGAUGAGCUGUUGGACUCCCACAACAGCAGCUCUGACCUGGCAGAUGUAAUGGAGCAGAUUAACAACUCCUUCCCUGCAUGCAGUCCCUCGAGCCUCUCCUCGAGACCACAGGUGAUGUGAGGACCAAGCAGGACGGAGUGUGUUUUUGUGUGCACAUGAGUAUGAGUGUGUGACUUUGUGUGUGUGUGUGUGAGUGAGAGCUGGAGGAGACAGGAUCUUUCCCUGACAAACAAACAAACAAACAAACAAACAAACAAACCACCGACUCAUCCCAAAGACGCGCAGGACUGGACAACUUAACUACUUUUACCACCUUGUCUUGUACUAUGCAAACUGUACAUUGAACUGUAGAUUGUUCCUGCACUUGGUUCAUCAUUUGUCAGCGAUUUGUUUAGAGAUGCAGAGUUUAUGUCACGGGGCUUUGUAUAGUGAAAUAGGCUUCUUUUUUUUUUGUUUUUCAGAGGGUGGUUUGGAAUUUGAGUUUAAGUUCUGUCUUCACUGGGAAUCAAACUGUUACACUUUUUUGUGUGUCAUUCCUCUGCUUUAAACCCUCUAGUCCCCAGUCGCUAUUGUCAGCCACACAUUUUAAUUCCAUGUUUGGGAGCACACACAAUUCCUGAGUCACCACAUUUAGUGGCUGAAGAGACUGUCACAAGGGUCUGUUUUGGUUUUAAAGGUUGAUCUUGUAGCAUGCUUGAUAUCAAGUUCCCCUUUAAAUCAUCAAAAUGCCGACAGAGUUUGUGUCGACCGCGAUUUGUUAAUGUAAAGUUUACCCCCAUGUGCCUAUACAGAUUGUCCAUUCCACACGUGGAAAGACGAGAUAAAAGCUCACAUAUUAAAGUGGGACUGUGUAUAAAGAGAUAAGUUUUGAAAAAUAUAGAUUUAAAUCUAAAGUCGUUCUGAAUCUGGGUUCGUACGAGGCCCGCCAUCAUUAUGUAGAAUAGUUUUUUUUAAGGAAAAAGAUAUAUGUUCAGAAAUCAGAGGAAAGCCAUGAUUGCCUUGCUACCUCAGACUCAUAGACACAGUUUUGUUUUUGUGGUUCGUAAACUUGUUUAAAACCGUUGUGAUCAUUUACAGAACAUUUAAACAACCUGGUUUAGAAUUCUAAGCUUGAGCUUACUGUAUUUGUGUACACUGCAGCGAGGAGAUACCAAGUUUCAAAGAAGAAGUCAUUACCGUAUCAUAAUGGGUCUGUGGCCUGCUGAAGUUAGCCGCUCGCUAAGGCGAGUUUUACUUUAUCUGUUGUUGGUUUUUCCACUGGCCUUCUAGCACUGGUCCCUCACUGCGUUGUGUUGUUGUGCUCUAUGCUAUCCUGUAAAACUUGUGAUACUGAACAACACUACUAUAACCUCCUCUGGCUGUAGACUGAUGAUGAUGUUGGUGAUAGAUGUAACGAUUACAAUCAUGGUGAACUGUUCCAUGGCAGAACUGUGUCGCUUCUCCUGAGGUAUGUAAAAUAGAUUGACCACACUACAUGUAAUAUGGCGAUGUUGUUUUAUUCUAAAUAAAAUUUUUAUAACAAGUA